UGCUUGUUUUUGCAGCGUGAAACUCCCCCAUCGUCAAGCACCCUCUCGCCCAAUCACAUCAGCGAAUAUAUGCUGCAGCAUCGCUUGCAUGCCGGGGUGGAUCCCGGCUUCCUGCAUUUCUGAGUGUGAGGCACCAAUCAGACUGCGCCGUUCGGUUGGCAAUUAUCCCUUGACACGGACACGCUCUCGACGUCACCUACCGCUCGCAACGAUUCCGGAUUCAGGAUUUCUCAAUUAACAACAAGACUGUGACGCUAUGCCAACGGCCUUUUUUAUCUUCCUGUCAGCCCCGGCGGUUUGAUGUGAUGCGUGUUUCGUCUUCAUCCUCACCUUCGUUUUCGACUUCGAAACCUUUACCUUCGCUGCUAUCUUGUCUUGUGGACCUCCGGUGUUCCCAACGUGUCGCGGACAACAUACCAACAGACUGCCCGCGCUGCCUUUUUCCACGUUCCUGAGCGCACCACCUCCCGCUACGGCACACGCUUACACAAGGCGGCCCGCCGUCGGUUUCCCUUCAAGUGCGGCCAACAGACCCCGACCAUUUUUCGACAAUCGCUGGAAGAUUGAAAAGCAGAUGGUCUGAUUUUUGGCGGAAUUCGAAGGGAACGGAAACUGGGUCAAUCGCUUUGCAAUAGCUUUUUCCCUAGAACUACACCAACACCAACCUCCCAAGCAGCAAUGGCGCCCCAAGGGAUAGUUCCCGCUGCAAGCAUGCAGCAUUGGUCUGCUGCGAAGCUCAAGCGCGCAGUAGCCGCCAUGCUCCUCCCUCGCGAGGACGAUGAGUGCAGCCCCCAACCAAAUAUCAAUCUGUGCGAGAAGCCCGGCAUUUCGACCGCCAAAAUUACCUGGAUUGUGGUUGGCAGUGUUUUUGGUGCCCUCAUUAUUUGCACUUUGAGCGUCCUUGCAUUUUUGCACCGCCGGAAGAAGAAGAGAGAUGCGAGCGAGGACAGGAGCGAUCGGUUCCAAGCGGCAGACUACGGUCUUGACGAUGUACCCUCCACGAAGCGAUCACGCGCACAUGAUAACGAUUCCAAAUUCUCGCCUGAGGGCUCGCCCAGCGGUUUUGGUCGACGUUCAAGAGACCCUCUGGAUGCCCCCAAGGAAGCAAAGCUGAGCGCCGCCCAGCUCAACGACCACUUAGACCCAUUUGACGAUCUGGACGGGACCAAUAACCAAUGGCCCAAGAGGGAUAGCAGCCGAGGCAGCCCCUUACGAGGGAGUCCCUUGCGAGGAAGCCCUCUCCGGGGAAGUCCUCUCCAGGACAAGUCAUGAUGAUUUUGCUAUAAGAAAGAAAAGGACAAAACGACACGUUAGGAUAGGAAUUGGGGAUGAAUAUGGGCGGGAAUGAUUUAUGUCAUGAAUAAAGGAGUGUAUGUAUGAUAUCCAGGGAAACGGGCGGCGGGACUGUAUCGAUACUUGGUUUGGAGUUAUCUGGCGAAUCUUUAAGCACGACGUCCUUGGGAUGUCAUGGCAAUCGACUUGAUUUUUUCAACAACUGAGACAUGUCUCGACAGGUCCCCUUUGUUCCACUUGGCGCCGUCUAGGAGAGUUCAGCCUUCAUCCACCUCACCCAGGUCCACAACCACCACCACGAGACACCACCGCUCGGCUUCCCCAUAACCUACACCACACCCCCUCAUCCAACCGAACCCUUAACUCAGUUUUCCGAGAGGUUGAAUCGCCGAUCAGACUGGCAACCUGGUCGGUGGCCCAUUCGUCUGGGUCCAACUGCUCAUCUCGAGUUCAGAGCUCGGGGAGUCUGGAGUGGUACUCAGUUCAAAUCGAGUCUGCUGCAAACAUCUUCUGCAGAUCUCGCCAAAACUUGCGGUACUUAGGGGGAUCCUCCAUCACGAUGCCGCAAGAAGCCCAUCCAACAAGAGUCUAGCUCUGGGGUUUGACCCUCUCGGUCCAUUCACAACCACGAUCGAGACGCCGAGGGAUGGCGAAAAGCGCCGCCCCCAUCAGCAAAAUGACAAGACAAACCAAAAAAAAGGGUCACUAACAAAACAACCAAAAGAACGGGGACAGGAUACCCCGAAUAUUACAAUGCGCCACCUCCUGCUUUUCGGCAGUCUGAAAUUACGCCUGGAAUUCGAUGUUUAUAGGGGCUUGAUACAUGUACAUGAAACCCUUGAACGUUUCGAUUCACAACUUGCAACAAUUAUCCUCAUCGAUUGACGACACAAAUGUAUGACCAUCCCUCUGAUGAUUUCGAUACAAACGACACUUGCCGAGUAUCGGUGUGAGACUACGCGGAGGCUGAAAUAGCUAGAAAAUGGGUUGGGUAGUGCGGAACAAAGGAGUCUGGGGUGCACGGGCGGUGAUGCCUGAGGGAAGGAGUUGUGCAGAGGAUUACGGUGAUGUACAUACACAUGGGGAGGAAUAACAGAGG